UUUUUGUAGCUUCUGCCUGCAGGCAAACAACUGCAGUUCCCAUUGAAGAAGUUGCGGACGAUUGCUCCAAGAUUCACCAAAGUAUUGCCAGCAGCUCGCCGAAAAGAGAAACGAAAGUGCAGCAGAUCACAUAUACGUGUAAAUGUACACGUACACUGCUACAGCUGAUGGCUACAACUUGAAGCUAUUGUCGAUGGUUACGUGAGUGUGAUUGCACUAUGCUGCACGCAGUCCUCACUGAAUUGGAAAAAAAAAAACUUGCCAGCAGGACCCGCGGCCGACACAAGGAAGCUGCAUUUCGACGUGCCUUGCUAUUGAAAAAGCGCUGGAUAAUAUUUGCAUUGGGAACAAGAUUUCACCUGGUUCACACGUAGUAUUUGCUAUCCAAACAAGACCUUGAAUAGCUGAGAGUUCAGAACGGGGUGGCCCGGUUCCGUCAGGUUGUUACUGUCACAUUACUCCUGGUGCGUGGUGUCAACGCAAGGCCUGCUACAGUGUUGGCGGUUGCAGUGUCAUAGCAAUCGAAUGUGUAUUACCGUCCCGACGCUAGGCGGUUGGCAGCUGAUUUCACUGUAACUAAGUGAAAAAUUGCAGUGGAACUGAUUCUCUUCUCGAUGGAACUGUUUGGACAAACCGAAGGUUGACUCUGACUGCGAGAAAUCGCCGCCUGACUUUACAUCCGCCAACUUGGCAUUGUGGAACUUGAACCAAAAUACUGAUAAGGAGAAACGUCGCGGGAGUGUUCAUUGGGCAAACCAUCUCCCUGCUGAAGACUUGCAGUAGAAAAUACGUGCAGCUUACCUAUGAGACGGAAGGCGGUAUUGAUUCCUGUGAGUAGUACCAAGAUUUGCUAACCGCUUCCGGUUAUAAAGUGACCAAAAAGGAACCAUUGGGACCUUUAAAAUAGUUCCUUUUCAACUUAUAGUCACAACAGCGGCUUUUUGUUUACUAGAUGUAAUAACUUGGAGUCUGGAGAAUUGGAGGUAUGUCGGUCGAGAUGCAUUCUUUGUUUAUAAGCGCAUCUGUAGCUGGCUCGAAGGCAUUUGAUAAUUGAAAGGGAGUUGGGAACAUCGCUCACUCGUCACAUCAACAUGGGCUCCUCAUCAGAACUCCAACAGCACAGUCGCAAGUCUUCCAUGCCUAAAGUCAGGGAAUCAUUUGAACUGCAAACGAUUCACGAAGACGAAGAAUGUUUAACAGAGUUAGAAAAGUUAAAAAGUGUUGCGACUCGACUAGAUCUGCCUACGAAGCGCCCGUCCAUCGUCGAGUGGAGAGCCACUUUGGACAAGCCACCCUUUUUACAGAAUGGUAACUGUUCCGACUCCGACGAUCAGUUUGGCCUGCGGAGAUGCUUAGAAUGUUGCGAGAAAACAGAAGUUGAGAGAAAAGAGGAAUUGCAACGGUCUAUCAACUGGAUCAAAGAUGAACUGGCAGCAAUGAAGUCACAGGACCACGUGUUAGCUAUGCAGUUAAUGCGCCUGCGCAGUGAGAUUCAGCAGUUGAGACUUCAGAGGAGCAUCACUGAGCACAAAGAGUUGAUAGAGGAUGCAGCCUACAGUAUGGAGGAAGAGCUAGAACAAAAGACUGGACUUUGUGAUACCCCGGUCUUGGGAAUAUUCCUACCGGGUUUGGAUAACCCGCUCAAAGACUUUGGUGUAACGCGCAUGAACUUGAAUGCACGCAGGUUUUCCUUACGAUAGCACGCACUCUGUUUUUUAACCUUGCUCCCAGCUAGUUGAGCGUCCUCUGGGUACUAGCGAAGGCCUGGAGAAUUUAGCGCUACAAGUAGGCUACAUCUUACACACACUGCACGGGUGUAGGUAUGAUGGCAGAAGGGCAAGAGAACAACUGCACUACUUCCAUUGCUAUGCACAGAAUGGAUAGAAUAAAAUGGACAAUGAAAAAAAAUCGGCCACAACAUCAAACCAACCACGAAGCAAGGAACCGAGUUGACCAAAGGUCAUCAGUACCUUAUUGUGACAUGUAACGUAUUUUGCCCUGCUUCAAACGUUCUGACCUGACCAUGAAAUACUUUGAUACAGAAUUUUAAUAAGUAGCAAGCAAACCUAACGUCGAGUUUACAAAUGAUAGAUUAAAUGAACGAUGUUAGAUUAAUUUCUAGUCUCAUUUAAACGUUGGAUAUAUCCAUUUAAAAUUAUCGAUUUGACAACCAAAAUAAGAAAAUUAAGCCCUGCGCAGUGAAUACAAGAUUGACACAUGGUUUUUUUAAAUGGUUGAUAUCUAAAGCUUGUUUGUUUGUCUUGAUAAAAAGACGAAACAGAAAACAAAAUCCAAAUCAAAGUACGUGUUCAUUAAAGGGAGAAUGACAGAUUUUAAUGUG